CUUCUGCCACAAGCUUCUUCCUCCGAUGACGAUGUCCAUGUCCAUGUCUUCGGUAGGGCCUCUGUUCUUCGCGUCGCUGACGGACAGGCCGAGCGGGUACCUGAACACGCCGCUGACGGUGGUGGCUGCGGGGCUGGCGAAGUGGCUGGACAUAUACAGCGGCGUUCUGAUGGUUAGGGUUCUGCUGAGUUGGUUCCCCAACAUUCCGUGGGAGAAGCAGCCACUGUCUGCCAUGAGAGACCUGUGCGAUCCCUACCUGAACCUCUUCCGUAACAUCAUUCCCCCUGUGUUCGACACCCUCGACGUCAGCCCCCUCCUCGCCUUUGCCGUCUUGGGCACCCUCGGCUCCAUUCUCAACACCACUGUCGCUUAGUUACAAAUUCAGCACCAUGCCUUAUCCUGUAUCUGCUUUUUUUGAGUAUUCUGCUUAUAUUUACUGUUACACUCAUGAUUCUGAUGAUGGUGCAAGUAUGGGUAUGGAAGUGCCACUACAUCAUUUCCCUAUAGUUACAGGUAAAGCUGUGAUUGUUAGUGAAGGGGAGAAGAAUGUUUGGCCAGCAAUUGCAGAAGGAAAGGUAAAGCCUGUCGUGUACAAAUACUUCCCUCUCUCUGAGGCAGCGGGGCACACUGCAUCAUAGAAAGCAGCCAACAUAUUGAGAAGAUAUUGCUUGCUCCAUGAAUUUCUUUGUUCUGUAAUACUGAACAAUGUAAAUGACAACAUACUAUAGAUCUUCUGACUUUGUUAAUCUUUAUGUUAUAUAUAUGAACUCAAGAACCUAUAAAACUGUGAUUUACAAUAA